ACGAUACCAAACACCAAUCUAGAAUUCAACCCGACUCGGCGACUCGUGCCAGGCGAAAGCCGAAAUUGGAGCGGGCGCUGUCUUGGACAAACAGAAGUAUUAAAAAGACUGAAGCAGUCGUGUCGUGAACACUGGACUGGGAGUUGGAUUGGUACUAGCAACAGCCUUAUCGAAAAUGGCUCUAUGGAUGGAAGCAGGUUCGGAACCGACGACGGCAAGCGAAAGAGCAGAUAUCGAUGGUAUCAUCGCCAUUAAAGAGUCAGUGGCUCUCGAGCUUAAGGAAAAAGGUAAUGAGUAUGUCAAGAUGGGUAAAAAGCAUUACUCAGAUGCUAUUGAUUGCUACACUAGGGCACUAAAUCAGAAGGCCUUGURUGAUUCUGAGAAUUCAAUCAUUUAUGCAAACCGUGCUCAUGUGAAUCUACUUCUCGGAAACUAUAGGCGUGCUCUUGAGGAUGCUGAAGAAGCAGUAAGGCUAUGUCCUACAAAUGUCAAGGCACUUUACCGAGCAACCAAAGCUGCUUUGACUUUAGAUCUGUUGACUGAAGCAGCAUUGUUCUGCCGAGCUGGACUUGAGCAGUCCCCAAGUAAUGAUGAACUAAAGAAGUUGGCAAAGCAAAUUGAUUUACGUAAAUCAGAACAUGAACUGCAUGAGGCUCAAAUUAAGGAGGCUGUGGCUGCAGCUAAGGAUAUUGCUUCUGCAAUUGAGAAUAGAGGGGUGAAGCUUGGGAAACCAAUGUAUCAAGAACUCACUGGAAUAAAAAAGCCUAUUUUAGAUAGAAAUAAUAUUCUCCACUGGCCCGCUCUUCUUCUCUAUGCAGAGGUUAUGUCCAGUGACUUUAUUGAGGACUUCUGUGAAACUGAUGUGUUCUCAGCACACUUAGACAUGAUGUUUUCAGAAACUUGUCCACCAUUACCAUGGGAUAGAGAACAUGUUUACACUCGUGAAGCAGUUGAACUGUACUAUGAGGCUGGUUCUGCAGUUCCUUUGUCAAAGACUGAAAUUCUUAGGCAUUUCCUAGAGGGAACUCCAGCUUCUCUUGUAGAUAUUGGUUGUGAUGAAGAAAAAGAUGCACAACAGGACUGGAGCUCAGGUAAAGGCCAUAAAUGGAUCAAAGUAGAUGAGAAGAAAACACUGCACAGUGUUCUGAGGCAACCAGAUGUUGUUAUCCCUGGAAUCCCUGUAUUUUAUGUAGUCUCAAAAGGCUCAAACUUCUACAAGGAAUUCAGAUCUGGGAAGUGGGCUCCUCCAUCAUGAGACUACAGAAACAGCAGAGAGAGCAUGGUUUGAAAAGAUGAGCUUAUAUCUCACGCCUGGCCACCAUGACCAUAUUUUCACGGGUAUCAAGAUUUAGCAAUGACGUGAACCAUGUUUACUAAAUUAAUGCGCCUUUGGUUGGAGAGAUGAUAAACUUACUUUGAUUAAUACAGCGGCAUCUAAAUGGUAGUUGAUAAAUCUAUUGUCCAACUAUUAGUAUUACCUUGGCCAGUUGGCCUACCAAAAGGAGGAAAAUGGAAAAGCUGCUACUGCGUUGAGAACUUGUAUAUGACUUUUUAACUUUGUUUUUUUUUUGAUCAGUGCAUUAUUCUGUAAUAAAUGCUUAUAUAUCUAUAGCAAUAGAUAAUUGACAAAUUGACAGAAUAUGGGUUCAGAUCAACUAUUGUGAGGCGAUUUGUGUAUUAAUCGUAAUGAAGAAUCACCAAGUUCAUGUAGGA